UCUACGCGUUUUAAUUACAACGGUGCAUACAAUGUUGGACCCCGAGCUUAAUAAAUUCGUGCAAACCGUGAAAACGCUAACGCAAAAUACUGGCAAUGGUCGAGAACUAAUGGUUUAUCUUGAUGAACAAAAGUACUUCCUCGAGGGCUUCGUGUCCCGCAUGGAUGGCGUACUAGCAGCUUUCGACAUAAACGAACAUCGGCUUGCAAUUCUGAUGGUUUUAAAUGUUGACGCUUCGACUCAGCCAACUAGUGUACCAGAUGACUUGCACUUUGUGACAGUUGCAUCACGAAUAAAUCAUUUUGUUUCUAUUGUCAGAGCUGAUGUAUUUCAUUCCUGCUCCAAAACAUUGGCCAGCGUAGUGCAAGCUCUGUUAAGAAAUCUACACAAAGUGAAAAAAACAAUGAUGAUGAUACCUACUAUUCAACGCGCCAUUGAUAAACUGCAGACAAAACCUCACCAAUUGACUCAUUUCCAUUACUUGCUAUGUGAAGCAUGCAUAAUGUCUUAUAAUCUUAAGGCUUUGCUGAAAGUCUUAGAUCAGGAAGUUUAUUUUUUAAACUCCGAUGAACCUAAAAUUAUAUUUGAACCGAAAUACUUUUUGAACUACUACUUUUCGGGCGGUCUCAUAUACACAGCGAUGGAAAACUUUGACAGAGCAAUUACUUUUUUCGAAAUUGUUUUCAUGACAACAUUUCCUGUAAUUUCGCCAACCACGAUUGAUUCCUAUAAGAAAUUCAUUUUACUUGUCCUCAUACACUUCGGAUCGGUAUCAACAUACUGUAACGUUGAUCCCACAAUCCUCGAUGAAUUGUAUGGACCAACGUGUCAACCGUACUUAGAUUUGGUACCACUUUAUCAAAGGGGAAACAGUCCACGCGACAAUUGCAAAAAUGUUGGAUUGGUGAAACAACUUGUGAAAUCUUUGAACCAGGCCAACUUGCUACGACUGGCCAACUUGUUCUCGACCAUGACCCUAGCCGAAUUGGCCGAACAACUCAACCUUAAAACGGCAAAAGAUGCGGUAAACUAUCUCUUGACAAUGAGAAAAUCAAACGUGCUACACUACAAAAUCGAUGAAAAAAAAGGUAUCGCUACUUCCAACAUCAACGUUGACUAUAGUUAUGAAGACCCAGACGUUCUUAUCGGUAUCAUAAAAGAAAUUGAGCAUAAAAUCGAAGUGUCUAAAAUAUUGCAAUCAGCCGAAGAAAACUUCAAGACUUAUAUUCCGCAAGCGCCAAUUGUACAAUCCCAGGCUGGGCCUAGUGGUGUGCUAUUUCACCAGCGACAAUUACCGCCAAGGGCAAGCAGCAACAUUGAUAUUUUUGCGACAUCGUUGCUUAUGGAAUGUGAACUGGAAAAAAUCGAAGAAAUGUCCGAUACCGAGUAACUUUGAAUUCGUGUAUGUUAGUAAGAGUCCUAAAAUUAUAUUUGAACCGAAAUACUUUUUCAACUACUACUUUUCGGGCGGUCUCAUAUACACAGCGAUGAAAAACUUUGACAGAGCAAUUACUUUUUUCGAAAUUGUUUUCAUGACAACAUUUCCUGUAAUUUCGCCAAUCACGAUUGAUUCCUAUAAGAAAUUCAUUUUACUUGUCCUCAUACACUUCGGAUCGGUACCAACAUACUGUAACGUUGA